CACAAUGCAAAACGUCGUAUUAUUCAAAUUGACUCUCCAUUUCUAAUCAUUAGACCCAAAAGGCCGUGCGGAGCUAGAAGACGACCGAAAAGACCGACGGAGCUGAGCGAGAGUAGUAGUUGUAGUAGUGGCGUUAGGGUUAGGGCAAUGCCUUGCUCUGCGAUCCGCGGCGGUGGUAGUGACGCGAAUGGUUCUCUCCGUAAUUUCAAGCUCAACGAGUCCACGUUCUUAGCCUCGCUCAUGCCGAAGAAGGAGAUCGCCGCCGAUCGGUUCAUCGAGGCUCAUCCCAACUACGACGGCCGCGGCGUCGUCAUCGCCAUCUUCGAUUCUGGAGUGGAUCCAGCUGCUGCUGGAUUACAGGUGACGUCAGACGGGAAGCCGAAAAUUCUAGAUGUUCUUGACUGCUCUGGGAGUGGAGAUGUUGAUACUUCGAAGGUGGUGAAGGCCGACGAGAACUGUUGCAUAACUGGAGCCUCAGGGGCAUCUCUGCUUGUCAACUCGUCAUGGAAAAAUCCAUCAGGUGAAUGGCAUGUGGGUUAUAAGUUGGUUUAUGAGCUAUUUACUAAUACAUUGACGUCGCGCUUGAAGAAAGAAAGAAGGAAAAAAUGGGACAAACAUAACCAAGAGGAAAUUGCUAAGGAUGUUAAGCAUCUUCAUGAAUUUGACCAGAAACACAGUAGAGUGGAGGACGCUAACUUAAAAAGGGCUCGGGAGGACCUGCAAAAUAGAGUUGAUUACCUACAAAAGCAAGCUGAGAGCUAUGAUGACAAAGGGCCUGUCAUAGAUGCUGUUGUAUGGCAUGAUGGAGAAGUAUGGAGGGUUGCCAUUGACACACAGACUCUUGAGGAUGACCCUGAUUGUGGAAAACUCGCUGGCUUUGUGCCCCUAACGAAUUAUAGGGUAGAACGGAAGUAUGGCGUUUUCAGCAAAUUAGAUGCCUGUACGUUUGUUGUCAAUGUUUAUGAUGAAGGGAAUAUAUUGAGUAUCGUAACAGAUUGCUCUCCCCAUGGCACACAUGUUGCUGGUAUUGCUACUGCUUUCCAUGCAAAGGAGCCCCUGUUGAAUGGAGUUGCACCUGGAGCACAAGUUAUAUCUUGUAAAAUUGGGGACGCACGCUUAGGUUUGAUGGAGACAGGAACUGGGCUCACUCGAGCAUUGAUUGCUGCUGUGGAGCAUAAAUGUGAUCUUAUUAACAUGAGUUACGGAGAACCAGCGUUAUUGCCAGACUAUGGGCGCUUUGUUGACCUCGUCAAUGAAGCUGUGAACAAGCACCGUCUGGUAUUUGUAAGCAGUGCUGGCAAUAGUGGCCCUGCAUUGAGCACCGUUGGAGCACCUGGUGGUACCACAUCAAGCAUUAUAGGAGUUGGUGCUUAUGUCUCUCCUGCAAUGGCUGCUGGUGCUCAUUGUGUGGUUGAAGCCCCCGGUGAAGGGAUUGAAUACACUUGGUCUAGCCGAGGACCAACUGCAGAUGGAGAUCUUGGUGUCUGUAUAAGUGCUCCUGGGGCAGCUGUUGCUCCUGUUCCUACAUGGACUCUUCAACGACGGAUGCUCAUGAAUGGAACAUCAAUGGCGUCCCCAUCUGCUUGUGGUGGAAUCGCACUACUUAUAAGUGCAUUGAAGGCUGAGGGUAUUCCUGUGAGUCCGUAUAGUGUAAGAAAGGCUCUCGAAAAUACCUCUGUUCCUGUUGGCAGUUUCCCAGAAGAUAAAUUAACGACUGGUCAAGGACUUAUGCAAGUUGAAAAGGCACAUGAAUACCUAAAGCAGUCCAGGGAUGUACCAUCUGUCUGGUAUCAAAUAAAGAUAAACCAAUCUGGUAAAACAACUCCUACAUCACGAGGUAUUUACUUAAGGGAUGCUAGUGCUUGCCAACAAUCUACCGAGUGGACGGUGCAAGUUGAACCAAAAUUUCAUGAAGGUGCAAGCAAUUUAGAUGAAUUGGUUCCUUUUGAGGAGUGUAUUGAGUUACAUUCCACUGACAACGCGGUGGUGAGGGUUCCUGAGUUUCUCCUUCUUACUCAUAAUGGCCGUAGCAUCAACAUAAUUGUGGAUCCCACCAACCUUAGUGAAGGUCUGCACUAUUAUGAACUAUAUGGUGUUGAUUGCAAAGCACCUUGGCGCGGCCCUAUAUUCAGAAUCCCAAUCACUAUUACAAAGCCAAUCACUGUCAUAAGUCGGCCUCCACUAUAUUCAUUCUCAAGGAUGUCUUUUUUGCCAGGCCACAUAGAAAGGAGAUUUAUUGAAGUACCUCAUGGUGCCACAUGGGUUGAAGCAACCAUGCAAACAUCAGGAUUUGAUACGACACGAAGAUUCUUUGUUGACUCUGUUCAGCUUUGUCCUCUACAAAGACCUCGUAAGUGGGAAAGUGUUGUAACAUUCUCUUCGCCAGCCGCCAAAAGCUUUUCUUUUCCUAUUGUGGGUGGUCAGACAAUGGAAUUAGCUAUAGCUCAGUUUUGGUCAAGUGGCAUAGGAAGCAAUGAAACAACUAUUGUGGAUUUUGAGAUUGUGUUUCAUGGGAUUAAUGUUGAUAAAGAGGAAUUAGUGCUUGAUGGAAGUGAAGCACCAGUAAGAAUUGAAGCUGAAGCCCUACUAGCAUCUGAGAAACUUGCACCUGCUGCUACCCUAAGCAAGAUCAGAAUCCCAUAUCGACCAGUUGCAGCUGAACUUUGUUCUCUUCCAACUGAUCGUGACAAAUUACCUUCAGGAAAACGUAUUUUGGCAUUGACUUUAACUUACAAAUUCAAAUUGGAAGAUGGAGCUGAAAUAAAACCUCAAGUUCCAUUACUUAAUGAUCGCAUUUAUGAUACUAAGUUCGAGUCUCAGUUUUAUAUGAUCUCUGAUGCAAACAAGCGUGUAUAUGCAACGGGUGAGGCUUAUCCAAGCUCUUCAAAACUGCCCAAAGGCGAAUAUUCUUUACAGUUAUAUCUUAGGCAUGACAACAUGCAAUAUCUGGAAAAAUUGAAGCAGCUGGUUUUGUUCAUCGAAAGAAAAUUGGAAGAUAAGGAUGUAAUGCGCUUGAGUUUUUUCUCCCAACCAGAUGGCCCUGUGAUGGGAAAUGGUGCUUAUAAGUCUUCAAGUUUAGUUCCAGGGAAAAAAGAAGCUAUCUAUUUGGGCCCACCGUCCAAAGACAAGCUCCCAAAGUUUUCUCUGCAAGGAUCUGUUUUACUUGGAGCUAUCUCCUAUGGGAAGCUAUCAUAUGUUGAAAAAGGAGAAGGGAAAGAUCCACAAAAGAACCCUGUGUCUUAUCAGAUUUCUUAUAUUGUGCCACCGAAUAAGAUGGAUGAUGACAAAGGAAAAAUUUCUUCUACUUCCACCAAAACUGUCUCUGAACGUUUAGAAGAAGAGGUUCGAGAUGCUAAGAUUAAAGUUCUUACAAGCCUCAAACAAGACAAUGAUGAAGAACGCUCAGAGUGGAACAAAUUAUCUACCUCUCUUAAGUCUGACUAUCCACAAUACACCCCACUGCUUGCAAAGGUUUUGGAAGGUUUGCUUACUCGAAACAAUAUCAAGGACAAAGUCUGUCAUGACAAAGAGGUUAUUGAUGCAGCAACUGAGGUAGUUGAUAGCAUUGACAGAGAUGAGCUAGCAAAAUUUUUUUCACUUAGAAGUGAUCCCGAAGAUGAGGAGGCAGAGAAAAUGAAAAAGAAGAUGGAGAUCACUCGUGAUCAGUUAGCAGAGGCGUUAUACCAAAAAGGACUAGCACUGGCAGACAUUUUGUCUUUGCAGGGUGAUAAGCCUUCGGCGACGGAAGUAACUGAAGGUUCAAAAGAGGCAGAUAAGACUGUUGAUUCUGGACCAGGCUCUGGUGUCCUGUUUGAACGCUUUGAAGAUACUUUUAAAGAACUUCAGAAGUGGGUUGAAGUGAAAUCCUCCAAGUAUGGAAUCCUCUCAGUAACACGCGAGAAACAUCAUGGAAGGCUUGGAACAGCACUGAAGGUUCUGAAUGACAUGAUUCAAGAGAGUGCAGAGCUUCCAAAGAAGAAGCUGUACGAAGAAAAGCUAGUACUGCUUGAAGAGAUUGGGUGGCAGCACUUGGUGACAUAUGAGAGACAAUGGAUGCAUGUGCGCUUUCCACCAAGUUUACCUCUCUUUUAGAAUUGCUCAACUUCAAUUUUUUAGAUGUUCAACAUAUCAAUAAGGAAAAGCGUGAUCAAUAAAGAAGGGAUCAAAAUUGACAGAAAUCUGCAUAGCCUUGUUUAAUAGGAUAGCUAUAUACGUGUAAUUGUUUCCAGUCAAAUAAUGAUUGUGACUGUUAUUUUCCUGUUCUGCACUCUGCAGUAGUUUAAUUCGUUUCACACGCC